CUUAUUUAAAAUUACAAAAUCAUAUGACCCUUGAUCGUAAAAUUCGUAAACAAAUUAAAUUUAUUUCAGUUUAUCGAUUUCCAAAUUCUAAUAAAACAUUUAAGGUAUUAUAUUCUCAAUUAGAAAGCUUGUGAAAUCUUCAAUUAUUUGUGGACCAACAUUCAAACCUCCAAAGAUGCAAAUUACUGCUGACCCGAGGCGUGCUGACCGCGAGCGUCGUUACAAACCACCACCACCCACAUCUGCUCCUGGAGAAGACCUCACAACAGAUUACAUGAAUAUCCUUGGCAUGGUCUUCUCUAUGUGUGGGUUAAUGAUGAGGCUGAAGUGGUGUGCGUGGGCUGCAGUGUUUUGUUCCAGUAUUAGUUUUGCCAACUCCAGAAUUUCCGAUGACACUAAACAGAUUGUGAGCUCCUUUAUGCUUUCAAUAUCAGCUGUAGUGAUGUCUUAUUUACAAAAUCCAGCACCUAUGUCACCCCCUUGGGCAUCACUUACUUCAUAAUGAAUCAUGAUGUUUUUAAUUAUUUCGAUACCUACCUAAUAUAUUUUGAAUGUUAA